GGGCGGGGCAGGUAAUAAAUACACGUUGGAAAAAGUUGUGACUUUUUACCGCAAUUGUCUUGUGCUCAUCGCAAUGGAACCCUUUUUUUAAAUGUGCUAGAGGUAACUGCUAGGUCGAGUGUAUAAAACGGCCAAUGGCUAGCUUGUAGAAGUAAACAUAAGUAAUGUGAUCGACGGAAAGGCGCCAUGUUCAAAAUGUUUCGAGGCCAACUUUUGACAUUUCGGAGUCUUCGUCAUGCCAAGCAAAGUGGAACGAACCAGAAAGAGUCUACACGAUGUUUCUAGUGUCAAUGAAGAGAAAUCUCAAGAGGUCGAGCAAGGAGGCAGGAAAAGGGAGACGUGCGGGCAGACAGAGUUUUUCUCCUCAAAGUGAUGCUGACGUAAUGGGAAAGGCUGAAAACCUGCCAACGUCACCAUCCGUGCAGCUGGGCAGAGGACAUGUGCCAUCGCCGCCAACGCUGCACAGCAUUUUGCGGGACAUCCAAACAUCCAACACAGCCUUCCCGGUCCAAAGUGUGUUCGCAACGCUACAGAGGAAAGCCAGACUACAAGAGUCUGGAAUAAAAGGAAAGGAGCACCUGGAUUUGAAGAGGAAACAAGACCGCUCCCGAAAGGGCUCCAAAUCCCUAAGUUCUAAUAUCACAACCACAGAGACUGCUAGUUCCAGCCUUUCCACGGAGUUUUCAUUUGAAAUGCGUCCAGGAGUGAACAGGCUCAGCCGCACCCGGAGGCUGAAGCGGCAGGUUGCGAGUGAAACUCGCGCUGAUGUGGACGUAAGACUCGAAACGAUCCAUAAAGUGUCCAGUUGUGAGGAUGUGCUGUGGACAGAGAAGUACGGUCCUCGGUGUGCAAGUGAACUUAUUGGGAAUAACGUCCAAGUGAGCAAGUUGCACAGAUGGUUGAAAAUUUGGAAACGUCGGUCCGAAUGCGAUGACAGUAGGACAAUGGAGCGAAUACAAAACGGAGAAACGAGCAGCAGAAACAUUUCUGCACCAGACUCGUGGGAUUGUGGAGACUUCCAGGGCGAGGCGGGCUCAGAGGACCACGGGGAGCCGGCGCCGCCGUGCAACACCAUGCUGAUCACGGGACCUCCGGGCGUGGGCAAAACGGCGUCGGUGUACGCCUGCGCUCGGGAGCUCGGCUUCCAGGUUUUCGAGGUGAACUCCUCCUCCCAGCGUAAUGGCUGCCAGGUUCUGUGUCAGCUGAGGGAGGCCACCCAGUCCCACCUGGUGGAGACAGCCGGGAAGGACCCGCCCAGACCGGCGUACUUCAGCAACUACGGCACCAAAAGUGAACAUUUAGCUGGAAGCAAAUUGCCACCCGCCCAAAAAGUGUCCCUCGGGUCAAAAAGGCAGACGCUUGGCCGCCGCAGACGCGCAGGAAAGGGGAAGCCAGCCGCCGUCACUCUGACAAACUUCUUCAAGACGAAGGCCAAAGCUGAAUUCCGGUCCGGUCUGCCGCCGGCGAAGACGCCGCACGACAAGCUGAAAAAGGGGCCCGAGCCUCAAACGGCGCCGCGGAACAAAAAAGGAGCCACGUCGCUAAUCCUGUUUGAGGAGGUUGAUGUCGUUUUUGAAGAUGACGUCGGUUUCUUGGCUGCCAUCAAGACGUUCAUGACGACUACUAAGAGGCCAGUGGUUCUCACCGCUAAUGAUCUUACAUUCAGAGAGAGAUUCCACGGCAGCUUGGAAGAAGUCAUUUUCAAGAAGCCGUCGGCGGCGGACGUGUGCAGCUAUCUGCAACUGCUGUGUUUGGCCGAGGGCGUGAACGUGACGACGGACGACCUCCGAAACCUCCUCGCGCUGACCGGGGGCGACGUCAGACGUUCACUCCUGCAGCUCCAGUUGUGGGUGAAGAGUGUUCAAGGCACUAUUGUAGAAGCAGAAAACGCCAGACUACCCGCACAUGUUGCAGGUUGCACUGCGAGCAUGCUUGGUCUUCAUCCUGUGAGCCGAAACCAUCUGCUGAACCUUCUGAAGAAUCCGACGUGGACUGACGCCGACAUGAACAAGCUGGUGGAGAGCUGGAGAAGAAAUGUUUCUCUACUGUACUCCAACCUGGAGAUGCUCACACCGAUCGGAUCCCACCAGGAAACACUUUUGCUCCAGUCUAAGAUGAAAGGUGCAGACGUCAACGCGAUGGUGGUUGGAUCCAGUUUGACACCCAGAGCACAAACGAGCCCCUGUCGUCCAAAGAAAACGCAAAGUCCAGCCAAUGUACACUCCACGUGUUUGAAUGCUCUGGCUGAAUUCUUUGACAUUAUGUCGUACAUCGAUGCCACAAUAGCAACAGCAGAAGCGUUGCAUUCAGGUGCUGGCACUAGGGACUUUGUCUGGACCGGGGCUGACAUCAAAGACAGUACUUUAGAUGAAACGAGCGAGGAGGAAGGACUGAGUCACAGCCAGGAGAGACUGUUGGAAAUUCGGGCGGUUGUGGAGAGUUUGGGGUGCUGCAGUUGUUGGAGUCGCAUGUUGUCCGUUAGCACGGAAACGCAGGUUUCAGUACAGGAACUUGGACGAGCAGUACCACGGUCUUCCGAUGGGAUACACUUGGCCUGUCAACCUCCAGGCGACCCAAUCGUCUGGCAGAGAAGGUACAAAGUGAGCCAGGCAGUGCUGAGUGCUCGGUCCCUCGGCCUGCUGGGAAACAGGCGGGCCGUGUGCGUCGACUACAUGCCUGCCCUUCGUUCCAUCAGCCGCGCUGUGAGGCGGCCAAACAUGGAGCCGGCCAGGUGGUGUGCGCACUACCUCCGAAGCUCACCCCUGGGCCUCUCCCAGUCGGCGCUCCAACUCUUGGCCCGAGAUUUCUCCAGCAACCCAUCAGGCAGCCGAAACAAAACGAGCUCAUAAUUUAUUUUCCACUCCGUCUCUUUAUUUUAAACACUGCUGUCAAGAAUAUUUUCAAAACGGUCAACGAAAUCAUGAAAAACCAUGAACCCGAAAUAAAGAUGUUUAUUUUUGCAUUUGAAACACUGAUAUCGGUUUCUAUUC